GGGGCUUGGGGGGGUUGGGGAACGGAUCGGAGUGGAGGCAGCGGCGGCGCGCUGACACGGGGUGCCCGCUCGGAGGAUGGUCCCCGCGGUGGGGCUGCCGCUCCUCAGCCCCCCUCCCUGGUCCAGAGUAGAGAAUGUGCCAUGCAUCGCCUCUGCGUGCUCCUGUGUGACAUCUCAACCUGGAAGUUAGUCAGCUUCAGAAUACAGUUACAAACAAACAAACAAAAAAAUACCCUAAAGACACGAAGCUUGUUCAGAGAAGCCGAUGAGCUUUCCAGGAGGAGCGAGGGAGAGGUGAAGCCACGAGGAGUCUGAGGGCCCAUGGGAGGAGUUGCAAUACCAGGCUCUCUUCUCCGAAACCAUGCCAGAGAUGACAGAGAAUGAGACACCUACUAAGAAGCAACACCGAAAGAAAAACCGGGAGACACAUAAUGCAGUGGAGAGACAUCGAAAGAAGAAGAUUAAUGCUGGGAUAAACAGAAUCGGAGAACUCAUUCCCUGCUCUCCAGCACUUAAGCAGAGCAAGAACAUGAUCCUGGAUCAGGCCUUUAAGUAUAUAACAGAAAUGAAAAGACAGAAUGAUGAACUUCUGUUAAAUGGAGGGAACAAUGAACAGGCUGAAGAGAUAAAAAAACUCCGGAAACAGUUGGAUGAACUGCAAAAGGAAAACGGGAGAUACAUCGAACUACUGAAAGCAAAUGAUAUUUGCCUGUAUGAUGACCCUACGAUCCACUGGAAAGGAAAUCUCAAAAGUGCGAAGGUCUCGGUUGUUAUUCCCGGUGAUCAGGUUCAAAAGAACAUCAUUGUCUAUUCAAAUGGGACUCAACCCAAUGGGAAUAACCAGGGAGCAUCUGUCCAGGGAAUAACGUUUAAUGUUAGUCAUAAUUUACAAAAGCAAACAGCCAAUGUUGUGCCAGUCCAGAGAACUUGCAACCUAGUGACUCCUGUGACUAUUUCUGGUAUUUACCCCACAGAAAACAAGCCAUGGUCACAAACUACAGUUUCUCCACUGGCACCCACUCAGACAGCUCCAGCAGGGAAUGUUCUUGAGCUUUCCACCUCGGACAAUGAGCGAGGCGUGCUCACUGCUGCUACUGCCAGCUCACAGAGCGCAUCUCAAUCCGGAACAGAGCAGGAACUACAGCGUUCUUCAAGUAACACACCACAGAAUGAUCAAAAUCCUCCCAAGAGUAAAAAUGAUGAGGAGGGCACUAAAUUAACAAAGAAAACGCUCCUUCAGGGAAUCAGCCUUCCUUCCAGUGCCUCCACGGAAGCCUCCCAAGUUCAACAGGUGAAUGCGACUUGCUCAAAUACACACGAUUCUAGGAGUGACCUUCAGGAAAGCUGUGUCAUUUCAACCACGGACACAGCUUCUGUGCCAUCAGUGAGGCUGACUACUGCAGAUAGCCCUUCCUCUGUAAAUGUCCUCAAAAGUACAGACUCAGUAAGUAGCGCUGGAAUGCCUGUGACUUCUGCAGCAGCAGGAGUUAAGGCUGCGAUGGCAAUGAGCACUCUGCCUGCCAGUCCCCUAGAGAACUGCUGGUCUUUUUCAGGCUCUUCAGGUGUUGGCACUUCAGACUUGAAAAACAUGAGUAGCCUUACACGGAUGCCUUCAGCUGGCAACACGCAGACCACGUGGACAACUUUGCAGCUGGCGGGAAAUACUGUUCAGCCACUAAGCCAAACGCCAUCCGGUAUAAUGACCGCACUAUUAAACGAGCCAGUUAAUGGUGCUGGUACCGUGUCUUCUGCUCACAGCAGGCCUUUGACUACAAGUAUCAGUUUGAACGCUUCUCUGCCUGGGGAUGGCCAGGCAGCUGAACAGAUUGUAGUUACCUUGCCCUCCUGCCCACCCUUACCUAUGCAGCCGUUAAUCAGCCAGCCACAGGUUAAAACUCAGGCUGCAGGGAAUAUCCUUCCAUUAAAUUCAGCUAUGCAGGUGAUUCAGAUGGCUCAGCCAGUCGCGUCAGCUGUUACAGGAGCACCGGCCAACCAGAAUGUCAUCAUUCUCCAGCCUCCAAACCCUGCUCCGUGCCCGCCGAUUAUGAGAGCGGAAGUUCCCAGCCAAAAUGUUAGUCAGCAAAUUGUAAUUAUACAAGCUGCUAAUCAGAAUCCUCUUCCCCUCCUCUCCGCUCAGCCUUCUGCUUCUGUAAGAGUUCCCGUGAACGGGCCGACUGCAAUCGCGAACUCUAGCAGCUCCAUACAAAAUGCCUCUCUUCCACAGACUUUCGGAGGGAAACACCUUGUCCAUAUAUUACCAAGACCAUCCUCUUUGGCAUCUUCUAGCUCUACGCAAACGUUUUCGGUUACAAUGUCGAAUCAGCAGCACCCUCAAACUAUCUCAUUGAACGGGCAGCUUUUUGCGUUGCAGCCGGUGAUGUCUUCAUCUGGAGCUUCAAAUCAAGCCCCUAUGCAAAUUAUUCAACCCACCACCAGCGAGGAUCCAAAUACCAAUGUUGCCCUCAAUACAUUCGGUGCUUUAGCUAACCUAAAUCAAAGCAUAUCGCAAAUGGCUGGACAGAGCUGCUUGCACUUGUCUCUCAGCCACCCUACCAAUCCCACAACUGUCAAUAACCAGAUCGCCACAGUUAACUGUGUGUCAGUAGCAACUUCAGUGGCAUCUUCAAUACCUGCGGAGGUUUCAGCAUUAACUAGUGCAUCUAAUUCGAUAAAUGCUUCCCCCAAAAAAGCGGCUGCUGCCUUGCCAUCCAAUGCAAAAUCGAAAAGGGCAAACAAAAAGCCAAGUACAAAGAAACACCAAGUGGUCAACAGUAAAGUGUCCUGCCCAGCAGCUCCUUGCAAAGACGCAGGGAAGGUGGACUGCGCUCCCGUGGAAACGACGGCAAAGCAUUCAAACGGCGAGGGGCUGAUCGAUAAUGCUCCAGCGAUAUCUCAAGCUUUAACGACGUCGCAGGCGAGCAGUGUGGCAGCAUCGAGUGGUGUCAGCGUUUCUGACUGUCGUUCCAAAGAGACUGCCAGCUCUGAACAGGCAGCCAAAACCUCCUCUGUCCCUGAGCCGAGCUCAGCUGAGGCACCCGCUUCCUCGCCACUGGCGUCCGUGGUGUCAGAGCAGCUGGCGCUUGUCCCGCCGACCGCCAAAGAAGCUGCUCCUCACCAGCAGGCCCGUGGGUCUCAGAACCGUCCACCAACCAGCUCUGCCUUGUCAGAGUCUCCGAAAUCCUGUGAACCCACCACCACCUUAGCGUCCUCUCGUACUGAAGCACAUGUGACAAAUUCUCAGGUUGCUGGGACAUCAGCAGCACAGAGCAGCACAGCGGGUCAUACGUCCAAGGCAGGAACGAUUUCGGAGUCCUGCAACGUUACACAGGAUUCCUCAGUGGUAAUGCAAGAUGCGGACUUGUUAGAAGGACAGGGUCUAACCAAAAUGCUGUCUGAUCUCACGAAAGAAAGAACAGCUGUGGAAAAAACCUCUUCUUUCAGCGUUCAGGGGGAGCAUUCUAAUUUUCCCAUGGAAAACUCUAAAUCAGCAGACUCAAAUGUUGAUUUGCCUGAGAAGCAGGAACUCUUGCUGAUGAACACGGAAGGCGAUACUCUUUCCCAGCAUCACUCCUGCAUUUCUGACCAGGAAGUAGUCAGUGCUUCCCUUAUCGCUAGCAGGCAGGCCGACUCCCCUAUGUCAACUAGCUCUGGCAGCAGUCGAGGCUUCUCGGUUGCAUCUAUGUUGCCAGAUACCACCAGAGAAGACGUUACUAGCAGCACCUCAACGAGUACCUGUAACAGCUGCACAUUUUCAGAACAGACCGACAUUGUAGCUCUUGCAGCAAGAGCUAUUUUUGACCAGGAGAACCUUGAGAAAGGUGGAGGAGGAAUGCAGGUUAACAUGAGGGAUGCCAUCUCUAAGUCAACUGAGGUUGCACCUUUGGAGAGAGAGCAACAGCCUUUUAAGGCUCAACCAGUGAAAGAAAACAACGCAGGACCGUUGGAAGCAGCACCAAACAAAUUCAGUGCUCAGGAUGCAGCACAGACAAAUGUCGAUAGGCAGGUUGAAAAGCCAAGCUGCUCUGUAGGAGGUGUAGAAACAUCAAACGCUUCUUUGCAGAUUUCCACUUCCCAGUCACCAAGCAUAACCAGUUUAAGCGUGAAUAAUCUAAUACACCAGAGUCGCAUUGUCCAUCCCCUUGUGAGUUGUUCCAGUUUAUCCCAGUCUUCAGAGCCAGCGAGCGUCCCUGCAACUGUGAGCCUCUCCCUUCCACCUACCACGUACGUCAAUCAGUCUCCAGGCCCCACUAUGAUGAGCGAAUAUGCUCAGGAACAACUGAAUGCUAUUAGGGCAAGCACCAUGCAGGCUCCCCAGCUGCCGGAAUCACACUUAAAGCAGCAAAAUCAUGAAGGUCGCAAGGACUCGGCCAAGCGGGCUGUUCAAGAUGACCUUCUGCUUUCUACGGCCAAGAGGCAAAAGCAGUGCCAGACGACGUCCAUCAGGCUUGAAGGGAUGGCAUUGAUGAACCGAACACCGGAGAGCAUUGCUGAUCAAACACAGAUGCUAGUCAGUCAGAUUCCUCCCAAUUCGUCCAAUUCAGUGGCGUCAGUGAGCAACCAAGGGCACACGGAUGGCCUCAAUAGGUUAUUCCCAUCGAACAGCAACUUUGUAACACCAGCUUUGAGACAACCUGAAGUUCAGUGCGGUUCGCAGCCAUCAAUUUCAGAGCAGCAAGGCCAGGCUGGGCAGCACUUGCAGCCAAUUCAACAUGUACCCACUCAAGGCAUAUCUCACCUUCACAGUAAUCAUCCCUACUUAAAGCAACAGCAGGCUGGUCAGUUAAGAGAAAGGCACCACUUGUAUCAGCUGCAGCACCAUGUCACUCACGGGGAAAACUCGGUCCACUCUCAACCCCACAACGUCCACCAACAGCGAACAAUACAGCAGGAGGUGCAGAUGCAGAAGAAACGAAACCUCAUCCAGGGAACACAAGCCACGCAGCUUUCUCUACAGCAAAAACACCACGGAAGCGAUCAAACGCGGCAAAAAGGUGGUCAGCCUCAUCCUCACCACCAGCAAAUGCAGCAGCAGAUGCAGCAGCACUUUGGAGCUUCCCAGCCUGAAAAGAACUGUGAAAAUCCUGCAACAAGCAGAAACCAUCAUAACCACCCUCAGAGCCAUAUAAAUCAGGAUAUUAUGCAUCAACAGCAACAAGAUGUUAGCAGCAGACAGCAAGGUUCAGCUUCUGAACAUGUGUCAGGGCACAAUCCGAUGCAGAGACUUAUGACCUCAAGGGGCUUAGAGCAGCAAAUGGUGUCCCAGGCAAGUAUCGUAACCAGGCCAUCAGAUAUGACAUGCACCCCUCACAGGCAGGAAAGAAAUAGAGUCUCCAGCUACUCUGCCGAGGCGCUCAUCGGGAAGACGCCCUCUAAUUCGGAACAGAGAAUAGGAAUAUCUCUUCAAGGCCCUAGGGUUUCUGACCAGCUUGAAAUGAGGAGCUAUCUUGAUGUUUCUAGAAAUAAAGGGUUAGCCAUUCAUAAUAUGCAGGGCCGCUUAUCUGUCGACCAUACAGUUAGCUCAGAUGUGCAGCGGCUUUCUGAUUGCCAGACAUUUAAGUCAGCUGGACCCAAUCAACAACCGACAGGCAAUUUCGAUGUCCAGGCUUCAAGAAACAGCGAAAUUGGUAAUUCUGUGUCAUCCCUCAGGGGCAUGCAGUCACAAGCUUUUCGAAUCGGUCAAAAUACUGGGCCAUCCAUAGAAAGACAGAAGAGAUUGCCCUACCAGCCAGUACAGGGUAUUCCAACAGGAAAUACCCUGCCAUCAAGGGAGAAUGAAAACACGUGCCACCAAAGUUUUAUGCAGAGUUUACUUGCCCCUCACCUUGGAGAUCAAGUUAGUGGAAGCCAAAGAUCAAUCCCAGAACAUCAGAGGAACACGCAGUGCGGCGCCUCCUCCACGAUUGAGUACAAUUGUCCCCCAGCACGGGAGAGUGUCCACAUCCGAAGAGAGGGUGAUGGCCAGAGCAGGGAGAGCUGUGACAUGUCUAUUGGUGCAAUUAACACGAGGAACAGUUCUCUGAAUAUUCCUUUUUCAAGUUCUUCUUCCUCGGGAGAUAUUCAGGGUCGCAAUACAAGCCCAAACAUCUCUGUGCAGAAGUCCAAUCCCAUGAGGAUGACGGACAGUCAUGGAACCAAGAGCCACAUGAAUACGCCUGUUUCUAGCAACAUGCAUGGAGUUGUGAGGCCAACUCACCCUCACUCUGCAGUUUCUCACGGAAAUGGCGAGCAAGGGCAACCUUCUGUUCGUCAGCCAAAUUCUUCAGUUACUCAGCGGUCGAGGCAUCCUCUGCAAGAUAAUGGAGGUUCUAAAAUACGUCAGCCUGAAAGGAAUCGAUCUGGAAAUCAAAGACAUGGAAAUGUCUUUGACCCUAGUCUUCCCCAUCUUCCUCUCUCUACCAGCGGCAGUAUGAUCCUUGGGCGCCAGCAGUCUGCGAUAGAAAAAAGAGGAAGCAUUGUCCGAUUUAUGUCUGAUGGCCCUCAAGUGUCUAAUGAUAACGCAGCCCCUGACCAACAUACGCUCUCUCAGAAUUUCGGAUUCCCUUUUAUUCCGGAGGGUGGCAUGAAUCCACCGAUAAAUGCCAACGCCUCUUUCAUCCCACCAGUCACCCAGCCUAGUGCCACUCGAACACCAGCUCUCAUCCCGGUCGAUCCUCAGAAUACCCUGCCAUCCUUCUAUCCUCCUUACUCUCCUGCCCACCCUACCCUUUCCAACGACAUUUCAAUCCCUUACUUUCCCAAUCAGAUGUUUCCUAACCCAGGCACGGAGAAGCCGAGUAGUGGAAGUUUAAACAAUCGAUUUGGAUCCAUUCUGUCUCCUCCCAGGCCUGUUGGUUUUGCUCAGCCAAGUUUUCCUUUGCUUCCGGAUAUGCCGCCGAUGCACAUGACCAACACGUCGCACUUAUCCAAUUUUAACUUGACGUCUUUGUUUCCAGAAAUAGCCACAGCUCUUCCUCCAGAUGGUUCGGCAAUGUCGCCUUUGCUUUCCAUUGCAAACACAUCUGCUUCAGAUUCUUCCAAGCAGUCCUCAAACCGACCUGCCCACAAUAUAAGCCAUAUUCUAGGUCACGACUGCAGCUCAGCUGUAUGAAAACUGAAAGACUGACUUCUAGUCCGAUGCAUCGUUUAUAUAUUUAAGAAGAAGAAAGUGGAUCUUACCGGCAUCCUUGAAGAGACCAUUCAUAGCAUCACUGUUUAUUUGCCUAAAUGUAUGUAUAUGGGUACUUUUCAUAUUUAUAUACACACUGUAUUUCCAUCCACCUUACUAACUUCAAAGCACCAGUGCCUAUAGCAAUGCUUACUUACUAGUAACAGUAAGGAUGCAACAUUGAGAGCUGUGCAAAUAUUGGUUGUUGAUUUUCCAACAAUCAAGUUUGAUGUCCGAUUGUUCCAGGGUAAGGGCCACCCUCAGUAAUAUGUGGAUGUAAAGAAAGGAGUGAGAGCAUCCGUAUGGGAGACAGGAAACAAAUGCUACAGGUUUCGUUUUGUUUCUGAUGCGUUUACCUGAAACUACAGAGGAACUUGAAGCGGCUUGGGUUUCUCUUUUUCUUUUGUAAAAUACCUUCAGGAGCCUCAACACAGGUCAAGUCUGUGUUAACCCAGCGUUAAUUGAUAAAGACAUUUGUUGUGCAGCUUUUGUCUGUUUGAGGCUUGUCACAUGCACUUGACUUAAGGCUGACUUUACCUGGCAGAAAUUACUAUGUGUUUCCAUGGUCAGCAAUUAAAAAUACUGGCUUAGAAAAUUCAGAUUUCUUUAACCCAUGGCUUUCUGUUUCUAAGAAGAAUUUUGUUUUGAUCUGUUUUAACAAUGGCUUCAGUUACUGCUGAACUUCGUCAACGUUGUAAUGUAGCUUACAACUCCUUCUAGCGUAGUCAGCAGAGGCAGCAGUCGCAUUUGUUGCCAUUUCAUUGUUCGUAUGCUGCAAGUUACCUCAGGGUGGGUUUUGUACCUUGUUUAGCACCUUCUUAAUGUCUUUUUUUUUCCCCCCCUCCUCUACUUUUCUUUGGCCCAUGCUCAAACACCAGCUUUCUGGUUUCUGUGAGUGACAGCCCUUUGUUGUACCAGGCAGCACAUGGGAGGAGGACUGAGCCUGUGGCAUCCCGCAAAAUGAGCCGGGGCAUUCCCGGGAGCACAGUUGUUACUUAACGUUGCUGACAGGAUCGGGCCCGAGUUAAUAUCAGUACCCUGCACUUGAAUGCACCUUUUGUCUAAACCUGUAUGAUUGUGGCUGAAGGAGGAACGUGAACGUGUCAAGACCGAACUGCUGCACACCGGGAAGAAAGACGCUGUGAUUUGAGCGCCGCGAGGAAGGGGGACACGUCUGUAUGUGCAUGAGAGACGGAGUGAAUGUGCAUGUGCUGGCUGAGUCUCCAGUACUUUCACAAGUUUUGGUCCCGUUUCUUUUAAAGAAAAGGGAAGAACUAGGUAAGUUUUAUUUAUUUAAUGGCUCUGCAGUGUGAUUUUUUUAAAAAAAAAAAACAAGGCAGAAAUAUUCUGUCUUUUAUUUUUAUGUGCUUGGAAAUACCAUUCCGGUUUUGAUUCUUCAAAUAACAGAGUAACUUCAGGUUUCCUUGUAUGCAAUCCUCCCCCUGGCAGCCGGGGAGUGGCAAAAACUGCUCUGGGGCCGCUUCUCUGGGCAGGGCGAGGUUGAAACACUUGUGUGUUGCCCACCAGCGCAUCGUCUUGCUGCUCCUGGGACCUGUCACAGGUUCUUCCCCAAUUCCUCUGCUAGAGGGGGCGUGGGGAGGAGCAGGCUCCCUGGGAUUUUUUUAGGUGUUUGUUGUGGGUUUUUUUUCUUUGAAAGGCAGAAAGGAAGAUAUUCUCUGUCUUCAAGAAUGGCCCCACCAAGAGGGAUGUGAAAAUUUUUUCCAUAGCUUGGCUAACCAGGCCACAUUUUUGCUAAGUCCGUUUGCACUGAUCCAGGAAAGUAGAGGCUUUAACAUAAAAAAUAAUUGGGCUGUGUCUGUAUUCCAUCCUGACAGUGUCUCUGUUCUUAUAACCAGGGGUCUGAUGUUUUCCUGCAAAGCUAAGUAAAAUGGUUGUCAUCCAAAUUGGGAAUCCCUUUUUCAUUCCGAUGGACCCUAUCUUAGGACACUAAAUCUAAGCGGUGGUUCAGUUUUCUGUGUUUAUUAAAAAUGAUAGAUUGAAUAUUUAUUUCACUUCAGAGCAAGGGAGCUUGUCUGAUUUUGACUGCCAAAGUGUAGUUACCAACCGAAUGGCAGCAACCGGCCUGUGCAGAGCAGAGGGUUAGGAAUGACAGUCAGUCCCCAACGCCAAACCAAUUAAGCAAACUGCAGGUUUAUCUGGGUGGUAUCUGAGGAGACUCUCUGAUCAAAUUGAUUUCCCUAGUGGAUCCCAGUAGAUCACGAAAGGGCCACCUCAGGUGGUGAAAUGAGUUCCAUAACGAUGAGCGGCUCCUUGGGUUGUGGAUGAUAAAGACAGGGGUAUUGAAUGAGUGGCUCCGCUGUGCAUUAGUUACAUAGUUGUCUGGACCUUUAGGAGGGAAGCAAAACAGCCAUUCUUGCCCUCUUUAAAUGGCCUUGUGUGUGCAAUGCUGUACUUGGCUUUCAAGACAAAGUAGUGAAAAAUAAAGCCCUGGCUUACAGGACUUUAUAUAAAGAUGUUAAUCUUGCUCCUCGUUCCAGGCAUUCAUGUAGUUCCACAUUAGUUUCCUCUGCUGGGAAAACGACACUACUUCACAGUGUCUUUGAAAAACGGAGUGAGCUCGUAAACCUAUACGGACCAGUUGCAAUGCAACAGUUGAACGUUCACAAGUCCAUGGGGCCUGAUGGGAUUCACCCCGGAGUACUAAAGGAGGUAGCGGACAUCAUGGCAGGACCCCUCUUGAUCAUCUGCCAAAGUCUUGACAGUCUGGGAAGGUCCCUGCUGACUGGAAGCUAGCCAGCGUUAUUCCAGUUUACAAGAAGGGCUUGAGGGAAGACCCAGGGAACUACAGACCUGUUAGUCUAACCUCAGUUCCUGGAAAAAUUAUGGGGAAGAUUUUUCUGGGUACUGUUGGAAGGCUUUCAAAGAACAAUGCAGUUAUCAGGCACAGUCAACAUGAGUUCACAAAGGGAAAGACUUGUUUAACUAAUCUGGUAUCCUUUUGCAAUAAGGUCAUCCGCCUAGUGGAUGAAAGGAAGGUGGUGGAUGUAGUUUUUCUGGAUUUUAGGAAGGCUUUUGCUAUUGUCCCUCACAGCAUCCUUCUAGGUGAGUUGUCCAGCUGCGGGAUGAGCAGUGUGCUGGGUGAAGAACUGGCUGAAGGGCAGGGCUCACAGGGUUGUGGUGAAUGGGGCUACAUCUGGCUGGCGACCGGUCACCAGCAGUGCUCCUCAGGGCCCAAUUCCAGGGCCAGUCCUGUUCAAUAUAUUUAUCAACGAUCUGGAUGCAGGAGUUGAAUGCACCAUUAGCAAGUUUGCUGAUGAUACCAAACUGGGAGGUGCUGUUGACUCUCUUGAGGGACAAGAGGUCUUCAGAAGGUUCUAGAUAGAUUGGAGCAUUGGGCGAUGAUUAAUGGGAUGAAAUUUAACAAGUCCAAAUGCCAGAUUCUGCACCCAGGAGGGCUGUAGAGCAGCCCUGCAGACAGGGAUCUGGGGGUGCUGGGGGGCAGCAGGCUCAACAAGAGCCAGCAGUGUGCCCUGGCAGCCAAGAGGGCAACCCGCAUCCUGGGGUGCAGCAAACACAGCAUCACCAGCCGGUCAAAAGAGGUGAUUGUCCCACUGUGUUCAGCAUUGCUGCGGCCUCACCUGGAGUGCUGUGUGCAGGUCUGGGCCCCACAGUUUAAGAAGGGUGUGAAGGUCUGUGAAUGCGUCCAGAGGAGGGCAACAAAGCUGGUGAAAGGGCUGGAAGGAACAUCCUAUGAGGAAUGGCUGAGGACUCUGGGCUUGUCUAGUUUGGAGAAAGGAGCCUGAGGGGCAAAUGGACAUUAGGAAGCAUUUAUUUACUGAGAGAGGGUGGUCAAACACCGGAACAGGCUUCCUAGAGAGGUGGUCGAUGCCCCAUGUCUGUCAGUGUUUAAAGAGGCAUUUGGGCAAUGCUCUUUAUAACAUACUUUAAUUUGGUCAGCCCUGAAGUGUUCAGGCAGUUGGACUAGGUGAUCGUUGUAGAUCCAUUGCCAACUGAAACAGCCCGCUUCGCUUCGCUUCUCCUCUUCUAUAUAUUUAUUCCUUCAUAUUGAUUUCACUAUUAAUUUCACUGGUGGCAUGUCAAGGUUAAAUGCAAUCCUGAGUGUUCACACUAGAGUAUGUCCACUGUGACUUUCUGUUGUUGUUUAGUUUUUUUUUUUUUAAUUUUGUAGCUGAAGAGGCGGUAACUGUAUCAGUGCCCCUUUUCUGUUUACAAAGACAACCAAAAAAUAGCGACUUUGUUGGCAGGCUACCUGUAGUGCCCGUAAUCACAACACAGGCAUUUUAGUGAUAUAAAGACUAUUGCAAUUUUGCAGGAACUGCACAGUUUUGCAGUGAGCAGCUCAAAAGUAAUUACCAUGUGACCCUCAGUCUUCUCUAGAGGCUUGUACCUCACAUUGUUGUGCCAGGGCACGGUGAUUCGUGCGCAAUCACCACAACACUUCGUCGUCCUUCUCAGGACUUUUUCUGAAGCCUGCCAAGGAUGGAGAAAUAUCAUCAUUUCAUUACCCUCCUUGAACACGCCAACCUCUGUUGAAGUUCAGCCACAAACCAGUGCGGGUCUUUUCAUGUGCCAGAAGUGAUGAUGAGUGACCCUGUGGCUGGCGUUGGUGUGGGGUCAGGAAGACCACUAUGGAAAGAAAGGUAGGCAGACCCAUCUGUGAGAGCUUCAUCUAAACGCAUUUAUCCAAAUUCUAUUAUUUACAUUGCUAACUGGCUUUUAGAUCAAUUUAAUAUAAAAAAAAAAAAAUUGGCCCUAUUGGGCAGUCUUUUGGUCUAUUUGACUAUCCAGUAUGGUCUUUGAAUGCUGAAUCUGUCCAGGUCCCCGGUUUAAGAGCAGCUUGUGGGUUUGCCACAGAGUUCAGCUUCUCUCGUGUUCAUGCUCACGUAUCUUUAGGAAGAACAGUGGAUGGACUGGAUAUUUCACAGGAAAUCAGGUAUUAAGUAAUUUUUGUUAGUUUUUAAUUAUGACAUUGGUUUAGUUUUCCUCUUCACCGUAAACUAAUCACCCCUGCUAUUCCCCAUCAACCAGGCUUCUGGCAUUCAGUUUUGUAGGCCAGUUUGUGCCACUGAUAGGUCAGUGUUUCAGCUUCUGACUGCGGGCCCUUUCCCAGGGCUUUGGGCUCUGCUCUCAGGAAGAGAAGUGAUUGCAACAUCUUUGCCGUUGAGUGGAAACUAUUCUUUCUUUUCUUUCUUUUUUCUUUUAUUUUUCCUUUCCCCUGCCAUUGAAGCUGUUGUGUUUAGGCAUCAGGCUGAAAAGAUAUUAAGGAAGGCUCACCUUACCGCAAUAUAUGCUUUUUUUGAGGGGGAGGGGAAGUUUUGCGGAGCAAAUAAUUCCAUUUUACUUGUUUUAAUAACAAUUGGACAGGCAAAUACAUUUCCUUCAGCAAACAUCUAUGACACCAACAAUUUAUCUUUUUCUCCUAAGAAUUACCUGGGCAAUUCACAGUUCCUUUGUUUUUCGAGAUAUAUUUGGAAAAGAUUUUGUGGGUUUAAUUGCAAUUUGUUAGCCCGAGAAUGGUAUUUUUCUCUUCCAUGAUACCUUUUUGAAGGUUACUUACACUAAGUGGGGUUUAUUUUGGUUUUGAAGGAAGGAAAAAUACCCAGUAGUGCCUAAUUUAGCAAAAUAAGCAACAGAAGGGGAAGGCUGAGCACUGCCUCAGCUGCCAGCCGUUGUGUAGCUGUGGCUUUCAGCUUGGCCUAAAUGACUUCAACAAACAAUAGCAAACGGGUCUAGGGCUGCUUUGCAUCUGUGUCAGUGUAAGCCUUGAUUAAUCCCUUAAGAAGCCUUGGAGAAUAAAAGCGGAGUCAGACUAGGUUGAAAGCAGGCAAUAAAAUAGUAAUGUAUUAACAUUUACAUACUUUUCAUUGAGAGAAAGGACCUAAUUUAAGAGCAGCGAAGGAAACCUAGAACUGAAUUGAUUUGAGCCGGUGGCUGAGCCUUACUGAAAUGUGUUUUGUAGCUCCUGCUCCCAGCUCCAGUCACUAUGCUGCUGCCCAGGUGGAAGAGCACCUCUCUGGAAAAAAAAAUAAAUGCUGUGCUAGUACAGAGCCUCCUGAAUUCUGCACAGAUUUCCUACUUUAAAGCGGUGCUGCUGCUGCUGUGGUUGGUGACUGUAGUGCUGUUGCAGGAAACACGGCAGGGCAACCACAGAGGGCAUUGCUGGAGAAAAGGGGUCAUUUCAUUUUUUCCGAUCUCCUGUUGUUUCUACAACUUCUUCAGAGGUACUUGCGCAGUCCUGGCCCAAGGGCUUGGUCACAAACUCGUGUUGUCAUCUGUCUCUGGAAGUGCAGUCAGCUGUGCUAAAAGAGCGAUGACCUUUUGCUAUUCCCCAAAUAAGUUUCACGCUCAUCACUUUAAUAAUGAUCUCACUUUGACUGGACAGACAGAGUAACAUUGCACCUAUUUAUACCGAAUCAGUUGAAUUUGUGUUGUUUUCUGAUACAGUGAUAUAAGGAGCUCCAUUCUUUAUCAUCACCUAACCUAAGUUAUCUAUGACUGCUGUUUCCUUCUCCCACUGCCACUGAUCCAGCGCAGGUAGCAGCCACGCGGACAGGAGGCCAGCGCAGACACAGGUUCGCCUGUGAGGGUGUUUUCACCCUGCUACUGCCACUGCCAUCCUUAGAGUAAAUCUAAAACCUCAGAGCACCAACGCUUUAUUCCCACUAGUUGUACCGAGAGCACGUUGUUCUGUGAACCAGUGAAAGAUUGAGCAGAGGUUUUUGGUCGUGAUGACACAAAGCUGUCUUCUCUCUGCAAACAAGCCCUGCUUAGUUAUACAGAAGCUAUUUAUAAUUUGCUGAUACCAGUUUUUAUGAGACAAAUUUAAAAAAAUAUAUUAAAUCAUUUCUUUCUGCCUCGCAAAAAGUAUUUUUCAAGUAGGUUCCAAGUUUGCAAUAUGCGCUGAUGUUUUGGCAAUCACAAAUGUGAAACAACCGAGCUCGCAGUGGGUUGUACCCCUGUUCCUGCCCACUCACUGUGAGAAGGGAAGCAAAUACGGAUUUUGCCACAGUAGAUUAAUCAAAGAUACCGUUGCCCUCCAUGAUGUAAAUUAUUUAUAUUCAGUCGAGAGUUCUCUGCUGUGCUUUUGUUUUAUACAGCUGUUAAGUUACUCGGAUACAGCCCCAGUGGAAAGUCCUUACUAUUUUGUAAUGGCAAAGAAGGAACUCUGCAGUAGAAAUCUAUAAUGAAUGAACAGGAAUCUCAUCUUCCAAUUGUAAAUAAGAUCUUGUUCUGUUUAUUUUGACAUCUUUUUACAAAUGUAUUGCAUUCAGGUGUAAAUAUCCCAAACCAUGAUCUUGUUCAGAGUUCUGAGAUUUCUAUUGUUAAAUGUAAUACUUUGUUUAAUAGUUGUAAUAAUUAUUUGUAUAGAU